CAUCAAAAGUAUUGGAAAAAAACGUAUGACGUCUGAAAUAAAUGACAUCUGCUAUCAAUCGAAUGUAAUUAAAAAUAUGUAAUGAAUAAGGAUCCCCAAUAUAUAUAUAUAUAUAUGUAUGUGUAUAUAUAAUGUAAUAUAUAUAUAUAUAUAUAACGAAAUAAAUGGGAAGACGGACGGCUAUAGUAUCACAUAAAUCAAAUAUAGAUUGUUUAUAUUGUUAUACAUAUUUAUAUGUCGUUUUUUUUUGUGGAAUGGUAUUCCUCCUUGAUGAAUUUUCUCCUCUAUUUCCCAUAUUAAAUGAGCCAGAAGCAGGUGGAAAACCUUUUAAAGACAACAUAUUGUUGUGCGUUUGUUUGAAAAACUUAAUUGGAAACCGCCAUCAAAUAUAGUGCAAGCAUCAAGUAUAGAAUCUUCCAGGGUGGUGAAAUUGACGAAAUAUGAACACCACGGUCAUUGUUGUUGAGCCACUAGAUUCUAGUAUGGAGUUAGUGCGCUUGAUUAAAAAUUCUAGUUGUGAAGAGGUAAUGGAACUAGAGAUGUUUAAGAACAUGGAGAAAAUCAUUGUACAAGAAAAAUCCCAGCGCUUUGGCGAAGGGAAGAAGUACGCAGUAACAGAUAAAAGUUCCAACAUCGAACAUUACGAGAUAAACCAAGACACUCCUUGUCAAUUUUCAUUGCGCACGAUAAAAGAGAAGAGAAAGUUGGUGAAUUUCGACAUUCCGUCUCGUACAUCUUGUAUCUGUCCAUGUGACAUGGCCUGUACACUACGGUCGCAUGUUACACUUCUUCCCGGAACCUUCAUUGGUCACGUUGAACAAACGUUGAAAUGGGGACAGCCUUAUUUCAAUAUAUACGACAGUUCUGGGGAAUGUAUUCUCGCCAUGGAUGCUUCGUUUACUAUGAUGUUUUUCUCAAUUGGCAGACAUAAGGUAACUGACGCUAAUGAUCUAGAAGUUGGCUCUAUAUUGGUUGAAUACUCAACGUCAGAAGGAUUUCACAGUAUCUAUAUAACAUUUAAUAAAGAUCUGAGCAUUGCUACCAAGCUUACAAUUCUUGGAGCUGGGUUAAUGUUCUCGAACGCACAGGCCAGCAGAGUUUAGAACUACCGAAACAUGAAGUCAAGACAAAGAAUCAGGAAAGGUUAAUGAUUCUUUCUCUUUUCACCACGACGCACGUGAAUAUGUGAAGAUUUUGCAUCACUUUAUUCUCUUUUCAUUCUUUGUGUCGUUAUCAUUGUGUCUUUUCAGGGGUGCAUUACCAAACUUUUAUAAAGCCCCCAUACUUGAUUUCGAGUUUUCAAAAGAAAGCUGAACCCCUCAACACAGCCAUGUCUCAUUUUGCAUACGUUGCAUAUUGGAAUGAUGAUAUUUACAACCUCAUUUGAAAACCACAAAUAUUUGAUCGAGUUAUUUCAGAGAUUGCAUCUCAUACACGCUCUAAUCGGAUACAUGCGUACUUCUCAGUUCACCAAAUCUUCAAUUUUCCAACAAAUAUUCAAACUUCUCUGGAAACCUUUUUGAAUGCUGUUUAGCUCUAAGAAAUUCUUGGUAAAUUCUUCAAUUAACCAUAUUGCAUAGCUGGCAUUAGCGUAAUUAACAAUUCCAUGAUAUGCAGGAUUUUAAUCAUCAGUUAGUCUCUAUUACAUCUACUUUCACAGCUCGCACACAACGAUCCAAUGUAAUUUAUCUAUACAUUCCAUUCCAAAGCAUCUUUCAAUGUUGUAAAUUUACAUACAAAUAUAAAAUAAUUACAUUAAACAAUGUUAGUUCUAAGUAUCCAA